CGAAGAGAUUAAAAAAAGAAUACCCGUAAAUGUGAAAACCAGCGCUCCAUCAUCUUCUUCCAUAAAUCUUCUUCCAAACAUCUUCCAAGUUCCAACCCCAACCAACCACCACAUUAUCCCUUCUUCCCGCCCCAAUUUUUCCAUUCUCCCAUCGUUUUAUUGCAUCCUAAUCCCCCCUCUGUUUCCCGCUCCAUGAACGAACUCUCCCUGCCCUUCUUUUAAAAAAGAAAUCCAGGCAUCUGAUUGUUCGUGAUGUUUUCUUGAAUUAUCCGGCAGUUCUGGAUCUUCUGAUCCCUCAAGGGAUUUGAAGACAAUCCCCGGAUUUUCUGCACGAUUGGGGAAAUGGGUAUCUGUUUCUCGACCAAAAAAGGCGGCGGCUCCCAUAACAAUAACCCCUCCGCCACCAAUGCGGCGGUGAACGUCCGCAAGGCAACCUCGAAGCCGCCGUCCGCAACCAGGGCCACGUCGAGGAAGCAGGAAGUGUCGCACGUUUUCCAAUUUCAUCACAGGACAAGCAAUAACAAAGGGCAUGUGUAUCAACAACCGCCUAGGAAUUCAAGUUCCAGGAGACAAAAGAGUGGGGUUAUUCCUUAUGGGAAAAGAACAAAUUUUGGGUAUGAUAAGAAUUUCGAUAAGAGGUAUGCCCUUGGGAAGCUGUUGGGACAUGGUCAGUUUGGGUAUACCUAUGUGGCCACCGACCGGUCGACUGGCGAUCGUGUUGCUGUUAAGAAAAUUGAGAAGAAUAAGAUGAUACUUCCGAUCGCGGUUGAGGAUGUGAAGCGAGAAGUCAAAAUAUUGAAGGCUUUAACCGGUCACGAGAACGUGGUUCAUUUCCAUAAUGCAUUUGAGGAUGAGAAUUACGUGUAUAUCGCCAUGGAGUUAUGUGAAGGUGGAGAGCUACUGGACCGUAUAUUGGCCAAGAAGGAUAGCCGGUAUAGUGAAAAGGACGCUGCAAUAGUUGUAAGACAGAUGCUAAAAGUUGCAGCUAAGUGUCAUUUACAUGGUAUGGUGCAUCGAGAUAUGAAACCAGAGAAUUUUCUUUUCAAAUCAACCAAACAGGAUUCUCCAUUGAAGGCAACUGAUUUUGGUCUUUCGGACUUCAUAAGGCCAGGAAAGAAAUUUCAAGAUAUUGUGGGUAGUGCAUAUUAUGUCGCUCCAGAGGUGUUAAAGCGCAGAUCAGGCCCCGAGUCAGAUGUUUGGAGCAUUGGUGUAAUAACCUACAUUUUGCUUUGUGGCCGGCGUCCUUUUUGGGACAAAACUGAAGAUGGCAUUUUCAAGGAGGUGCUAAGAAACAAGCCGGAUUUUCGGCACAAACCAUGGCCAAGCAUAAGCACCGGUGCAAAGGAUUUUGUCAAGAAAUUAUUAGUGAAGGAUCCUCUUGCUAGACUCACUGCUGCUCAAGCCUUAUCACAUCCGUGGGUACGAGAAGGAGGGAGUGCAACAGACAUCCCUCUCGACAUUUCUGUUCUGGCCAACAUGCGUCAAUUUGUUAAAUACAGUCGUCUAAAGCAGAUUGCUUUGAGGGCAUUAGCUACCACACUUGAUCAAGAGGAGUUGGCUGUUCUCAAAGAUCAAUUUGAGGCUAUUGAUGUGGAUAAGAAUGGUGUCAUUACCCUUGAAGAAAUGAGACAGGCGCUUGCUAAAGAUAUUCCAUGGAAAAUGAAGGACUCGCGCGUUCUUGAGAUUCUUCAAGCGAUAGACAGCAACACAGACGGGCUCGUAGAUUUUGAAGAGUUUGUUGCAGCCACUCUACAUGUGAAUCAGAUGGAGGAACACAAUUCCGAGAAAUGGCACCAGAGAUCACAAACUGCUUUUGAGAAAUUCGAUGUCGACAGAGAUGGCUUUAUCACUCCCCAAGAACUCCAAAUGCACACGGGGUUAAAAGGGUCCAUAAACCCGCUUCUGGAAGAAGCAGACAUCGAUAGAGAUGGGAAGAUAAGCUUAUCAGAGUUCAGAAAGCUCUUAAGAAAUGCAAGUAUGGAUUCUUCCAGGUCUUAUUCUGUAAGGCAUAGGCACUAUCAUUAGAUUCAAGUUGUAAUCAGGUAAAGUAAUUGUGUGUGUGUGUGUGUGUUAAAUCGGUACAGAGCAUAUUAUUUAUUAUUGUAUAUAGUUAAUCCCUCUCAGGCUCUCACUCGUUGAGAUUUUUGUUGAACAGAUACUACAUUGUAAUAGACUCAAUAAUACUAAAAAAGAGGUUUGGUG